UUAAACUGUAUUCAUGAUGUGUUUUUUUUUGUCUGUGGGAUUCAGCUUCAAACAAAGGAAGUUGAGAAUGAAUCACUUGAGACUCGGUUGAAUGUGCUGGAACAAAACACAGUGCCAUCUCUGAGAAAAGCCCUUAAGGAAAUUGCAAUGGAGAAAGAUGCUGCUGUUGUUUUACGAGAGGAUCUCUCAGCUCAAGUUAGGACUCUUAAGAGACGUGUUAAAGAGGCAGAGGAGGAACAAUAUCGAGCUGAGGAAGAUGCGGCAUCUCUGAGAGCAGAGCUUAACUCGAUACAACAGCAAGCAAUGGGUACUUCGUUUACUGGCCUGUCGCCAAUGGGAGUUUCCUCAGACCAACUACCAAUAUUAGAAAAGGAGAUGGCUAACCUAAAACUAGAAUUACAGAAAGAAUCAGUGUUAAGGCAGCAAGAACAACAGCGUUUAGCUGAAGAACAAACUCGAGUAGCUUCUUUAAUGUCUGAAAAGCAGGAACUGGAACAGAAGAUUUCAGUUUUAUCUAGCAGGGCCUCAGAAGUAUCAGAGUCUGGUCAAAAGGCAUUGUCAGUGGAAGAUAAAGAAAAACUCGAGAAGCAGUUGCAUGAUAUGGCUGUUGCACUUGAAAGAUUAGAGAGUAGUAGGCAAAAACUUCUCAUGGAGAUUGACAACCAAUCAUCUGAAAUAGAGAGGCUUUUUGAGGAGAACUCGAACCUCUCGGCUUCAUAUCAAGAAUCAAUCAACGUAUCAAAUCAGUGGGAGAAUCAAGUAAGCGUCUCACAUUUAUUUUUGCUUUAGAAAC